AUGAGGUCAUCACAUAUUAAGGGCAUCCUCAGUUCGUUUAGUCCGAACCUGGACUUGUUUGCUAUUAGUACUGCCGAUGGCCGAAUAAAGAUAUGGGACACGGUAAAGGGUCAAGUCCAGACUGAGUUUGUAGAUAUUGCUUCAAACGAGACAAGUAUAUUCGGGAAAAAAGAUGAAGGGCACCUUUCAAUGGACUACACAUGUAUGAAGUGGCUACCUUUGGAUAAAAAGAAAAAAAGAAAACUUGGAUGCUCCCUUUUGGUGCUGGGAACUGGUGGUGGUGAUGUUCUUGCAUUGGAUGUCUCUGCUGGUCAAUUGAAGUGGAGGGUUAACAAUUGUCACCCAGGGGGAGUCAGUGCUGUUUCUGCACCUUCAUCCGCCUCAUGUGUUUAUACUGCUGGUGCUGAUGGAAUGGUUUGUGAAAUCGAGUCCAUGUCUGGAAACUUAUUAAACAAGUUUAGCUCUACUUCAAGUGCAAUAUCUUCUCUAGCUAUUUCCCCAGACGGCAAAAUGGUAGCAACUGCAGCAGGUCAAUUGAAGAUUCUCAAUUCGUCAAACCAUAAAAAACUGCAGAAAUUUUCUGGUCAUCCUGUCCCUGUAAAAUGUAUGGUUUUCUCAGAAGAUGGAAAAUAUGUUCUUUCGUCUGCUCAGGGUGAACGAUAUAUUGCAGUGUGGAAAAUUGAUGGCACCAAAACAAAAUCAUCGUCUUUUAUUCUUGCAAUGGACCACCCUGCUGUCUUCUUGGAUACGUGGUGUUCCAAUGACGAAAAUACGGGCCUAUCUGUUCUAGCCGUAUCAGAAAUGGGUGUUUGCUAUUUCUGGCAUGGAAAGACCGUUGACGAGCUUCGUUAUUCAAAACCCACAAAAAUCUAUGUACAAUUUGAUGAUGGGGUUAUAAAGAAAAGCAGAGGGACUAUUCCUAAUGUAUUUGCAGCAAAAUUGCAGAGUGUUUCCUCUACCGCUGGUGGUCACAUAUUUCUUGCCCAUGGUUUUAUCAUAAAACCUUCAUUUGAGAAAGUUGUAGUGCAAUCUGGGACGGAUGUAAAAUUAAAUGUUUCGCAAGAUGGUGCUUUUUUGCCCGUGAGUAAGUCGCACAAAAGUGAAACAGAAUCAGGCAUGCCGAGUCAAGUUACUGCUCUAGAUAGUUCGAGCACUGUGGGGGCUCUACUUCCUGUGCCUAAGAUGUUUGGUCUCAAAGAUGGAAAGGUUGGAGCAACGGCCGUAGGAAGCAAUGAUGAAGGUGAUUUAGAUGAGGCGACUCUCUGCAUGGAGGACCGUCUAAGAUCCUUAGGGAUACUUGGAAAUAUUGAUGAUGCACUUGGUUCAACAAUGGAUUCUAAAUGGUUCAAGGGCAUUGAUCUUGAUUCCUCCACGCCUCAUAAGAAGUUGAAAGCCACUGUCUUGUCUAUGGAAUCUGGUGAUGCACUUACCCAGUUAAAAAGCUUGGUAAAUGUUUGGCAGUCCAGAUCCCACAUUGCCAAGCAUGUUCUUCCAUGGAUAUGUUGCAUAUUAGUUUAUCACGGUGAUUAUAUCAAAUCUGAGGAACCCAAACUCCUCGACUAUUUGUAUAAGGUUGCCAAAUCAAGAGGUUCAGCCAUAAAUUCUUUAUUCCAGUUGUCUGGUCGUCUGCAACUUGUGUCAGCUCAGAUUAACAGGGCCUCAAAUAUCAAACAACCUGUCGUGGAACGAGAUGAGCAAAAGGACGAAAGUGAAGAUGAAGAGGCCGAUGAAGUCGUUUAUGGAAUCGAUGAAGAUUCUCAAACGGGCAGUGAUAGUGAUUAG